CAGAUGGCCGACGCCGCCAAGCUCGUUUUGUUAGGAAAUGAAUGAAAAAUAAGUGAACUUUAAGCAAAGAUAUUUGGAUUAUCUUUAAUAUUUCCUAAAAUACACCCCAGAAACUGAAAUAAUGGAUCAUCGCACUAAGUUUUGAAGUGGUUGAAAUUGUGAUUCAGCCGGACAGUUCUACAUAAAUUUACUGGAAAAGUGAAAUGGAGCUGGAAAAUUAGUCGCCAUUUUGAUGGUGGAAUUUUAAACCUUGGAAAACCUUGCCAUUCCUGCACAUUGCAUAAUUCAUGUGUAGAAUAAACAUUAGUCAAGAAAUACAUACUGAACACUCUAUUUUAAUUUUUAACAUUAAUUUAUACAAUGGCGAACUCUAACACAACGCUUGCCAGUCUUUGGAUGGAUGACGGUCAGUCAAGUCCAGUCAAGAUUGUACAGACAACGCCAUCAAAGAGUAAUGAUCAACAGGAAAAUAUGAAGUAUUAUAGUAAAGAUGCAGGACUUGAACCAGUACCUAAGAUAGAGCCUGGGUUAAUGGAUGCAUCAAGUGCUUUAAGAGGUUUAAGAGAACAGACACCACAAAAACCAGCGUAUCAUAUUAUAGCUUUACAAUCACCCUCCAAGAUGUCUCCCUAUAAAGAUCAACCUCAGUUACUACCUAAAACUAUACAACCACAACAGAUGAUUGCUUGUAGUCCUAGCUCACAUGCUGUCCAGAUUGAUCCUUCCUCACCUUGGAGUAGUGUGAGAAAGCGACCAGCAGAAUUAAUUAUUUUUGAAAACGAAUACACUGAUAAUGGGAAACGGGGCAAGAAGGGAGAGAAGGGUGGCAAAGGUUUACGUCAUUUUUCUAUGAAAGUUUGUGAAAAAGUUCAGCGAAAAGGUGUUACAUCGUAUAACGAGGUUGCUGAUGAACUGGUGGCUGAAUUUACUGACCCCAGAAACCCCCAGUCACAACAAGAAGCGGGGUAUGAUCAAAAGAACAUCAGAAGAAGGGUCUAUGAUGCUUUAAAUGUUUUAAUGGCCAUGAAUAUCAUAUCUAAAGAAAAGAAAGAAAUCCGAUGGAUUGGUCUUCCCACAAACUCGGCUCAGGAAUGUCAAUCUUUAGAGACAGAAAAACAGCGAAGAUUGGACAGAAUAAAACAUAAAACACAGCAGUUACAAGAAUUAAUAUUACAACAAAUUGCAUUUAAGAAUUUGGUUUCAAGAAAUCGAGAAAUGGAGGCAAAACAUGGGGCACCAGCAUCGAAUUCUGCGAUUCAGUUACCGUUUAUUAUUGUUAAUACUAGUAAAAAGACUGUAAUAGAUUGUAGUAUCUCUAAUGACAAAGAUGAAUAUUUGUUUACAUUUGAUAAUACAUUCGAGAUACAUGAUGAUAUCGAAGUUUUAAAGAGAAUGGGAAUGGCUUUUGGUUUAGAGAAAGGGCAGUGUUCAACUGAUGAUUUAAUAAAAGUUAUAAGAAUGGUACCAAAAGCCUUAGAGCCUUAUGUUACAGAAAUGGCUUCUGAUUCUUCUAGUUUAGUUAAUUUAUCAACUGGUAUUCGACCAAUCGACCCAACCGAUGUCGGUUAUCAACAAAAACGAUAUCAACAACAUCAGCAGACUGCCAUUAUGCAGAAACCGUAUUUAAAUAAUACAAGUAUAACAGAUUCUGAGGUGGCUAGUGCGACUGCUCUACUCUCAAGACAAUCCAGCCUCGGUUCUCGUACAGCCACCGAAACGCCUUCAGAAACCUACUCGGACGAUGAUAGUGAUACUGACGAAUCCAGUCCAGUUGAUAUGGGCUAGUCUAUGUCAAUCAAGCCUAUAUUAGGUUCAAGCAAUAAUUAUUCAUCUCCAAUAGGUCAGAGUUGACAGUUCAAUCAGGUUGUUACGAAAGUGUCUUUGUUUUUGGGGUUUAUUCUCCCUCAACUUUUGACUUGGAAGAAUUAUGAAUCCAUGUAAACAUAAGGAUGGCCGAUUACUAGAGAUUUUAAAAUUUUGUUUUGUUGAUUUUUGUGCAGAUAGCGUGAAGAGACGUGGAUGGCGAUGGUGUCAUCCAAAAUGAAAUAAUGAUGCAUAGUUAAAAUUUUCAAUCGAAGAUCAUUUGUGUUCGCACACAAUAAUGCAAGGUUUCCAGAAGAAUUUAUGAGUAAAACCCCCCAAAACUGUUAACAUAACAAUACAGAAGAGGAUGUCAACCAUGUUUUAAAAACUUGUCAUGGCUUCUGAAGAAUUAAUUUAAUGUGCAUCCAGUUUUAUCAGCAUCUUUUGUUAGCUUGUCAGUAUGUUGGUGAAAUGUAUGUACUUUAGAAAAAUACUCAAACCGUUAAAUUUCAAAAAAAAAAAAAGAUUUUUUGUCAUUGAUAAUGUUUGAAGAUUGUGGUUUGUUUUUUUCAAAAGUGACAGGAUUUCAAAUGACCGGAAGGAUUAUAGUUUUAAGAAGUGUUAAAAUAUUUGAGAGGAUGUGAACUAACUUUGAGCUGAAUUCCUGUGUUUCCAGACCAGUAUUCUGAAAUUCCUGAGCCUGAACAUGAAUUUCAAAAACUUAAUGCAACUCAAAAACUUGAAGUUUACUGCCAAGUACACUUAACACAAUGCAAAUUAUAGUUUGUCUUGCAACAAAAUUAUUAACAUUACACAAAUUGAUUUAUUUUUCGUUUCAUCAGAUGUAUUCAUUUACCAUUUAGCAAUGAUUGAACACUUUUCAUAAUGGUUCUAAUUAGUUCGUAAUAAUUGAUAUAGAUUUGACAAACUUUUCUUUUGAAAUAAAGAGCACAUAAAAUGACCAUAAUAUAAUAGUCAUAUGUACUUGAAGCCAGUGUUUUUAUUAUACGCCCACACAUAGUAUGCGCGUAUAAUAUUGUUGCUCUGCCUGUCCAAACCUGCUUGUUCCCUCUCUAGAGGCCACAAUUUUUUACGAAUCUUUUUCAAACCUUAGGAUAAUGGUGACGGUUGGGAUAAAAUUUUCAUUCCUGAGUUAAUAACUUUUUAAAUAGCGUAAUUUUGUUUGUCUGCUCUCUAUGGAGGUCACAAUUGCUGUCAAAUCCUGACGAGUAGACAACAAUCGCUAUUUUUGUUCCAGACCCUUUUCACACCAAAUUUGAAAUAAAUGUGUUAAAAACUGUAACAAAGGCAUUUUUAGGGGAGGUCUAUAUUUGCGACUGUGUUUGAGUGAAAAUGUCUGUAUUAAUUAUGAAUGGAUUUCAGUUAAAUUACUCUAGAUGUAAACACUGGCUUUAAGUACAUACAACUUUGAUGUGGUCAUUGUAUGUGUUCUUUAAGCAAAAGAAAGCAAUGAUGGACUGGUACCAUAACUAGUUCGUGAGAACAGAUAAAAUAAUCAAACCCCAUGUCACACAAAAGAGGUAAAGUUACUAAAAUAUAAAACAAAACAUGAAUAUUGUGUUGAAGUGGCACCUGGAUUUGUUCAUUAGCUGAGCUAAAUAUCUUCUCAAGGAGCUUACAAAUUUGAAAUACUUUUGAGAGAACCUCCAAACACUUACAGCUGGGAGUCAAUACCACUCUUGUAGCCUGGACCUCCCAACAUCAAAGAACCAUCUGGCACUAAUUUCUUUUGGCCAUAACCUUGGUAGUAACAUACCAUUUGAUAUAACCUUGGUAGUAACAUACCAUUCACAAAAUGACUUAAAAGGAACCAAUUUAGAGAUUCACCACAGUCCAGGGCAAUUUGAAUCUCAAAUAAGAAUAUCAGUCCAAUAAUGGUUGAAUUCCUUUCAGUAUUUACAAAGAUAUGUGAAAUUGAAAUUUCAUUGAUCUAUGCAAUAAGCCCGUCACCAUUUUAUCCAUGAAAUUUAAUGGUACGCCUGUUUUCAAUCUGAUUGACUCUAAGUCAGGAUAUUGUCCAGUGUUUCUUUUUGGAUUUUGUUGUCCCUCGCCUUUAGAAGAAAGCAGGGGAUUAUUAAAAUGGGUCUGUCCGUCACACUUUUUGGGACACAAUAACUCUGCUUCCAAUUGAGCUAGACUUGGUGUAGGUGUUUAUUAGGUCUUGAUGGAGUUUGAAGAUGAGCAUUUUCUGCAUAGGCUAAGCAGAGAUAAGCAAUUUGAUUGGUUGAUGCUUUGGGACACGAUAACUUUAGUUCUAAUUAAGUGAGAGUGAUGAAACUUGGUGUAUAGUUUCAUUACAUCAAUUAUCAAUACCUUGACUAAGUUCGAUAAUGAGCAUUUUUUUCACAAGGUAAGCAGAGCGAUAAGCAAUUUGAUUGGUCGAAACUUUGGAAGACAAUAACUCUCCUAAUUGAGGUAGAGUGGUCAAACUUGGUGUAGUCGUUCAUUAGGUGAUUGCCUUGAUAGAGUUUGAAGAUGAGCAUUUUCUGCUUAAGGUAAGCAGAAAUAAGCAAUUUGAUUGGUUAAUGCUUUGGGGCACGAUAAUGUUGGUUAUAAUUAAGUGGGUGAUGAAACUCAGAGUAUGGAUUCAUUACGUCAAUACCUUGAUUAAAUGCGAUAAUGAGCAUAUUCUGCUUAGGCUAAGUAGCGAUAAGAAAUUUGAUUGGGCGAGACUUUGGAAGGUAACAACUCUGUUGAAUGAUUAACAUUUCCCACUAAAGCUAAGUAGAUCUAAGCAAUUUCAUUGGUGGAUGCUUUGGGACAAGAUAACCUUGAUUCUAACUGAUGGCGAGUGAUGAAACUUAAUGUAUAGUUUCACUACCAGGUACUUCAAAACCUUGCCUGAGUUUGAUAGUGAACAUUUUAUACUUAGACUAUAGAUAAUCAGUUCGAUUGCUCAAUACUGUUGAAAAAGAUAAAUGUGCAAUUAAUCAAUAUGUGUCAUCUAUCUAUUUGGGGUGGGGGGACGGACAUCAGCCUCACUGUUAGCUUGUUUUCUUAAUUAAAACUUAAUCAAUCUGAGUUCACAUUAGCAUGGAUUAUUUUAGUGACAAAUGGCAAUGGCACAUCGUUACUUUAAUACUCUUGGAAUGUUCCUAAGAAGGUCAAUUUCCAUCCAGCUCCGAGAAGAGAGAGAGGAGUGAAUGAAAACGACACUUAAGACCACAUCAUGCGCUGUGCACUGCCUUACACCACAGGGUAAAAUGUUUGGGGCUAUACUUAAUUAUCUUUUCCAUAAGCACCUGAAUAUAAAAAAUGAUUUGACAAAUCAUCCACUCACCUUAAACAUGGUACAAAACAAUAACUAGACAGUGGUGCUUACCUACUCAUCUUCACAUAUAAUUUAGACACCUUUCAAGUCAGUGACUAAUAUAUAAAUUGGUGGCAUAUAUUUUAUUUGUAUGUACUAGGUUAUUCAAAAUGUCCUGAAAAUAUACUAGAAAAAUACUGGACUACCCAAAAAAACACCCAUGGGGCAAGCAAUGGGCAAAAAUGUCAGGGUAUCACUAACUGACAACCUGACUGUUGUGUGCUAGCUUGACUGAGGGAGCGGGUGUUAUUUCUUAAUCAAUGGUUAGGGAAACAUUGAGGGGGGUUUCAAUGUACAAAAGACUCUGCAAUUAAACGUCGGAAAAAGAAACUGAUAGAAAAUAAUUAAGAAUUUACGUAGGCCUCAAUACGUAUGGUAAAUGGACAGAAGUAAUAAAAAAUACAUUCUGAAAAAUGAACCUCCCCACAAAGAAGCAAGUUUACAGACAUGGCAUCUAACAACAGGUUAUUUAUAGCUAUAGUUAUCCCCGGCGAAUAAAAGUUUUGAGGGGGAUUUGAAGCAUAUUUUUGAUAGAUUAAUUAGUUUGAAUAUGUUUUUAGUCCAAAUAUAUCAUCAAAUCAAGUAGUUUGUACACGGGAAAAUAUCUUUAAAUAUGUUCAUAGAAAAGAGUUAGAAUCACAAACAGGUGUGUUGAUAACCAAUUCACAAUUGAUAAAUUUUUAGUUAAUUUUUUUAUAUUUAGCUUUUCGUGUCCGAGAGUUUGAAAGAAGGAUAUUUUAUGGAUUUUGUUUUUCUUUUGGCAAGAUGCUAUGAUCUGUUCUAAGAUCUUGUAGCUCUAAAUCAAUGAAAAAUACCCAUACAUAAAAUAUCUUUGUUCAAGUUCUUGUUUUCUGUUAAAUUCUAAGAUAUGUUUGCAUGAUCUUGGUUCCAAACACAAUUUCUUAAUGCUCUUUUGUUUCGAUAAUGUUAGAUGAUAAGUCCUUAUUGGGAAUAUGCAUAAGUAAAAAUAAUACAUUUCCAUUUAAAAAGCAGUUGGGAAAAGUUUAAAUCUGAUCUCAAGAACUGAUUUAGGAGUUUAAAGAGGAAAUUGUGCAUCAGAAUUUCUUGUGAUAUUGUUCAUUUAAAUAUCAAAUGUUAUUGGACAAGAAUGUACAUCUAAAGAAAACUAAACACCCAAUUAAUUUGUACAUAAAUAUAAUGGGUAGAGAAGUUUAUGCUCUGUCUUAAAUAGUGUUGUAGGACAAAACUGAAAAAUGUUCCCACCAAUUUGUUGUUUAGAACUACAUGUACGUUAUUCUUUUAUGCCUGAAAGGUUUUUUUUUUUUUAUUACAAAAUUGUAAGUAGCCAUAGAUUAGAAUAUUUUUUAAAAUAGAAACAUAUUGCAGCAGAAGGCAAUUUUUUAAUGUUUGAUAUGAAUUUAACUUGUAACUGCUCAGGCAUUAUAGACUUAUUCUAUAGAAUAACAUUUAUCCAUAGAAGAAAAUAAUGACAUCAUUUGUUAAUAAUUUCAAUAUGUAUUGUAAAUUCAAUGUCAUUGAAAUAUGUUAUAAACAUUGUCACAGACACGCGAACAAAAAAAAUGUCAUUUGUAAAAUAUAUUAAAAUCAUUCAUUGCCUCAAAGAUUUAUAAUUGUUAAAUGAUGUUGAUCAAUAUCUUGGUCUAAAUAAUGGAAAAACAUUUACUGA